UGUGAUGUUUCAUUGUUGGUCCCAUAAAUAUCUCUAUCAAUUUUCCUCAGCGGCUAUUGAUCAAAAUAUCUUUGUUCAAUAUGUAAACUUAAAUGACCUAGGAAGCUUACAGGAUAUAACCUAUGACUAUCUGCGCUUGCAGAAACCCAAAAUUGCUGUCUUUUUGGAUUUAAAUUGCAAUGGCAGUCAGAGUGUGAUUAAACAGACCAGUCGAAUAAAUUUCUUCAAUCAACAUUACCACUGGCUUGUCUACGAUCACUUUUCGAAUAUGAAUCGCUUCUAUGAGACAUUUAAAAAAGUCAAUCUUUCAGUGGACACGGAUAUGACCUACAUGCUGCCCAGGGAAGAGCAAAUGAACGAUAAGAACUCCCAAGUCUUUAUAGCUUUUGAUGUUUAUAGUAAUGGCAGAUUGAUAGGAGGUCAAUUGAAUAUAACCUCCAACUAUGAAGUGCGGUGUCAUCCUGAAGGUUGCUACAAAUCUAAAUACCUAUCGGAUUUACAUAAACGGAGCGUGUCGGGGAAUCGAGAAUCUCUGAGGGAUGUUACCAUGAGGGUUGCAGUGGUGGUGACCAGAUUUGAUUUGAAAGCUUCGCCUGAGGAUAUUAAUAAGUUUCUAAUGACACAAGCGGAUUUUCACAUUGACCCUUUGGCUCGUUUGGGAUUUCAGGUGUUAAUACUUUUAAGGGAAUCUUUGUAUACAAACGUCACCUAUGAAUAUUUUGAUCGCUGGACCGAUGUGGAAUAUACCGGUGGCAUUGUGGGCUCUUUGGUUAAUGAGACAGCAGAUUUGACCUCAGCGCCCUUUUUUAUGACAGCCAAUCGUUUUCGUUUUCUCUCGGCCAUUGCACCAACGGGUGAUUUUCGUUCAGUGUGUAUGUUCAGGACCCCUAGGAAUUCGGGCAUGCAUGGUGGAGUGUUUCUGGAACCUUUUAGCACUCGGGUAUGGAUAUUAUUUGGAUGUAUACUUUGCUUGACUGCAGUUUUCUUGUGGUUGGCUUUCUAUGUGGAAUAUCAUCGCUUGGAAGAUUAUGUAGUGUCAUUUAUGCCAUCUCUGCUGACAGCGGGAUUGAUUAGUUUUGGCUCAGCCUGUGCUCAAAGUAGUUUUCUUAUACCCAGAUCCUGGGGUGGGAGAGUGGUUUUUAUUUCGCUAUCCCUAAUAACAUUCAUCAUGUACAACUAUUAUACAUCGGUGGUGGUGUCCUCUUUAUUGGGUUCUCCCGUCAAAUCAAAAAUUAAGACUUUGGAGCAAUUGGCCAAUUCAGAUUUGGAAGUUGGUUUGGAACCUUUGCCCUACACCUACACCUAUUUAAAUUUCUCCUCUAAUCCUGAUGUCCAACAAUUUGUCCGCAAUAAAAUUUUGGUGAAAAAAGAUAUUCAAAGCCUUUGGUAUUCAGCCAAUGAGGGUAUUGAGAAAAUGCGCCGCAAACCAGGAUUUGUCUUUGUUUUUGAAACUUCCACAGGCUAUAAUUUAAUUGAGCGCCAAUAUGAUGCCCAUGAGAUAUGUGGUUUGAAUGAGAUUCUAUUUCGCUCCGACACCCUAUUGGCCACCCAUUUGCAUAAGAACUCAAGCUACAAGGAGAUUGUAAGGCUCAAAAUAAUGCGUAUCCUGGAAACUGGUGUCCAUUCCAAACAUCGUCGCCAAUGGGUACGAACCCACUUGAAUUGUUUAUCCAGUAAUUUUGUCAUUAAUGUGGGUCUUGAGUAUAUGGCUCCUCUAUUUCUUAUGCUGGUUUGUGGUUAUGGUUUCGCGUUUGUGUUGCUGUUGUUGGAAAUGUUAUGGAAGCGUUGGGAGUCAAAGGGACAAAGACAUUAAACCAAAUUAUAAAGAAACAAAAAAGUAGAACUUUACACAAAGCACUUAGUUGCAAAGAAUAAUAUGUAAAUGUAUG